AUGGGCCACGGCGAAGACGACAGUCGAGUAAAGCACAAACACAGCUCCAAGCACAAGCAUGACCACGACCGGAAGGGCAAGAAACGACAUCGCGGAGAUGACGGGCCCUCUGAGAAGCAUAAGAAACGAAAGGAGGACAAGCUGAAGGUAGUCGACGACGACCCGGAUGACGAGGAUAUGUGGGUGGAGAAGAACAUCGACAUGGAUGGAGAACGCCCACUUGCGACCGACAUACCUACUGCCGACAGUCUUAAUCUCUCUUCCCGUGCCUACUCGGAAAAGGACGAUCCUCCUAUACCUCCUUCACACUCGACGGAGACCUCGCUUAAACGUGAUGAGUGGAUGUUAGAGCCACAGUCCACAAUAUCUAUCCCAACGGACACAUCGAAGAUCCAACUUGCCGCGGGAGACGAUGCCCUCACGGAGGGGUAUGGUGAUCUCCCUCCAAGCACUCGUAACCUCGGUGGCAGUCUCGACUUCUUCUCUACCCUGGGCUCGGAAAGGCAGAAAAAACCGCAGAAUGAACGGCCCAAUCCUGACAAGCCUCAAAUUAGUUCUAGGGAAUUGAAUGUUCAGCUGAGGGAUAAUAUUCCAUUAUCAGAGUACACUGAACCCCCAAUCGCCACUAAACCCCCAGCUCCAGGUGGUCCCGGCUCGCAAUGGCGCAUGAUGCGUCUACGGCGCGUGUACGAGACCGUGGAAGAAGAGGGGCGUCCGCUAGAAGAAGUCGCGGUCGAACGUUUUGGCUCCAUCGAUGCCUUCGAGCAAGCUAAAGAGGAGCGUAAAAUUCUGGACGAACGCGAGGGUCGUAGAGCGCAGCGCGGCCCCGGAAGGGGAAGGGAGAGAGAACCCUUCUCGGUGGGCAAGGGUGGUGAGAGGGGGUUUAUGUUCUCCGACAUUGGUGGCAGCGGUGGAUCUAGUCGGAGCUCUAGCUUCAGGCGUCCCGGUGGGCCUAUGGAAAGUGGACCUUCGACACCGAAUACUUAUGGCGCGCCUCCCGCUCGACAGAAAUUCGACUCAAUCCGUUUACCAUCUCAGGGCGGUACUCCUAGUGGCCAGCCACAUACUCCCAUCCCUUCGGUCAUGACGCCGUCUACCAAGAGAGCCCUAUCACCGUCUUCUUUGAACCAACUUCAGGCCAAGGUGCUUCGUGCCAAGUUGAUGAAUGCCCCUAACGCAGAGGCUUUGGAAAAGGAAUAUGAGGAGGCGGCGCGGCAGGCUAAUGGGGUGGUUGCAGAUCAAGAUGGUGUACAGACUCGUGUCGAGGUGUUGCCUACUUUGGAUGCGCGCGGGAGGAUGUACGACGUCGGUAGCGGCAAAGAUGACGGUCCUCUGUUGGCCGGUAAUCGCAAAAAGAAAGACAAGUUUGAAACAAGAGACCCGAAGACGGGGGAUAUUGUACGAUACAAUGCCGACGACGAUACGACCACACUGGGAGAUAUGCUUCGUCAAGAGCGGUUCGGGGCUGGCAUGUCGGAUCAGAAAGAUUUAGACAUGCAAUUCGCACAGUCUAUCGUGACUGACGGGGGCUUCAAGAAUGACUUGGACUACAUGGACGACAAUGCCGAUCGUCUUGGACGUCAGAAGAUGCGAUCGGAUGCCAUGAAGCGUCAAUUUGCCAUCAACGACUACAAGCGAACGCAGAAGGCUCUCGCUUCGUGUCAGUUCUGCUACGGCGAGGAUGAUUCUCUCCCUAAGGCUCCCGUGAUCUCCCUCGGCACUCGAGCGUAUCUCUCUUGCACUACUCAAGAAGAGCUGGUACCGGGUCAUUGCCUUAUUGUUCCUAUACAGCAUCAUUUGACCAUGCUCGAAGCGGAUGAUGACGUGUGGGAUGAGAUUCGGAAUUUCAUGAAGAGCUUGAUGCGCAUGUUUGCAGAGGAUGAUAAGGGCGUGAUCUUUUUUGAGACCGUUUUAACGCUCAAGUAUCAGAAACACUCGUUCAUAGAAUGUGUCCCUGUGCCCUGGGAACAAUUCGACAUCCUUCCGGGGUAUUUUAAGGAAUCUAUCUUGAUGAGUGAAGCAGAGUGGUCUCAGCACAAGAAACUGAUUGACUUCUCGUCUCGCUCUGGGGGCUUCAGGCGCAUGAUGGUACCAAAUCUCCCCUACUUCAUGGUCCAAUUCGAUUACAAAGGCGAGAAGGGCUACGGACAUGUCAUUGAGGGAUCCAAUGAUGCUCUGGGUGAAGAGGAUGAACCCAUGGACGAGGGAGAGAAGGGUGGUGGCGAAUUUCCCAGAUACUUUGCGGGAGAAAUCAUCGGCAAUGUGUUGGAGUUGGAGGCCCGACGGUGGCGCCACCCACGGCGGGUAGACUUUCGACAGAAUCAGAGAAGAGUGUCUGAGUUCAAGAAACGUUUCGAUGCUUUUGAUUGGACGGCAGCUAUUGGGAAGUAGUUAUGUUCGACAAUCCGGUCGAACACCUGAC